GGGGGGCGGGGUUCGGGCGGUGCGGAGCAGGGCGCCGCGUGGGUGGAACCACCUAGGCGGGUUGUGGGGGAUACAGUUAGUGUCCGAGCUACUGGAGGAGACUUGGCCUCCGCAGCUGCCCUCCGGCCUCCCACGGCUGCCGGGUUCCGGGGUGCAAGUGAAGCAGCCUCCCCGCAGAGGCCGCCGCGCCCCGACCAGGCCUCUUUAAGCGCAGGCCCCGCCCCGGGCGCCACCGCCCCGCCCCGCGGAUCCCGCUCCCGCACCGCCAUCAUGAUCUGCCUGGUGCUGACCAUCUUCGCUAACCUCUUCCCCGCGGCCUGCACCGGCGCACACGAACGCACCUUCCUGGCCGUGAAGCCGGACGGCGUGCAGCGGCGGCUGGUGGGCGAGAUUGUGCGGCGCUUCGAGAGGAAGGGCUUCAAGUUGGUGGCGCUGAAGCUGGUGCAGGCCCCCGAGGAGCUGUUGCGGGAGCACUACGCCGAGCUGCGUGAACGCCCGUUCUACGGCCGCCUUGUCAAGUAUAUGGCCUCCGGGCCGGUGGUGGCCAUGGUAUGGCAGGGGCUGGACGUGGUGAGCACCUCGCGGGCGCUCAUCGGGGCCACGAACCCGGCCGACGCCCCGCCCGGCACCAUCCGCGGGGAUUUCUGCAUCGAGGUUGGCAAGAACCUGAUUCACGGCAGCGACUCGGUGGAGAGUGCCCGCCGCGAGAUCGCGCUCUGGUUCCGCGCAGACGAGCUCCUCUGCUGGGAGGACAGCGCUGGGCACUGGCUGUAUGAGUAGCCCGGCAGGUGCGCGUCGCAGAGGCUCUCACACUCCAGCCUCCUCCAGGGCCCAGGUGGCCGGGCUUCUGGCCCCACCCCACAGCGCUUGGAACAUCCCUUUGGACGGGCUGCUGAACAUCCGCCUGUCUGGACGUUGCAUGGAGGGUGGCGCAGGCCUCUCCAAUCCCUGUCGUACAGGGCUUCCUGCCCGAGGAGCUGCUCCAGGAGCCUGCGCGGCUCGCCUGGAAACGUGCCAGGACACUGUCCUGGUGCCCAGCCCAACGUGGUCCAAUGUUUUUUUAUAAUAAAGUGAAGUCUUCGUU